GCUGGUCACACAACCGAAUUGUAUCAGUAUUAUACAUCAUGAACAUAGCAACGUAAAACAGAGCUUCAUAUUCUUCCAGUAAAAAGACGGCAAUAUAAGAAGGAUCUCGUUAUUGCCACGUGUUCGUCUGUUUAAAAUGGCAUUUGGUCGUUCGUGGUUCUGGGCCUUUCGUUUAUUAAGGAAAAGAGACAAAUGUCUUAUUCUUUUGACUAUUGCAUUGACUUUUCUUGGAUUUCGUCGAUUUUGGCAGCAUUUUCAACUUCGACAGAAGGAAACUGCCUACAAUGACGUCACCGAACUUAUUGCAAAGUCUACUAAUUCUGCCCAUUUAAUCCAACUAUCUAAAGACAUCAAGAUUUUUUACAAAGUCAAAAUAAAUAACGGCUGGCAUAAUAACAUCAAUGUAAUAACCAUUUUCAAUAGUGGAACAACUUCUAUCUUUCUUGGAAACUCUGUACUUUAUUUUUGCAAUAUGAAAACUAUUCACGAAACUUCCAACGAACUUUUAAAAGUCUCUCACAUCGAUGGAUGUUUAUACAAAAUAGAACCGGUUUCUAAAAGCCUUAAGAUUCAUCCCAAUCAAGAAAUCAGUCUGGAACAUAAAACCAAAGUCUACGCUGCAAGUCGUACGGAUGUUAUGCCCAAUUGGUUUUUUGUUGGUCCAAAUAAUGAAAUCAGUGUAGUGGAAAACACUGCUGGGGAGGGGCUAAAAUUUAUAUCAAACUUCACGACGAAGGAUCAGUGGAAGCGAGAACCUGGUGACGAGAACGAUCCGUAUACGCCAGAGGAGCGUUAUCAUAUAAUAGGGUUUGAUAUCCCAGAGGAGACGCCAUUGCCUGUCGUUAUUCCUCAGCCAUUAAAUGUCAUGAACCUCGACAGGACAAAAACAAUGAUUAUAGACAAAUCUUGGAGUAUAUACGGCGAGCAAGGACUAGAAAAUGAAGCGUCUUUUAUAAAAGCAUUUUUUCACAUUCUGGAUUCAGCAGCAUCGUCUAAAGAUCACAAAACAAAACAUAUCGUUCUGAUAACUGGCGACCCGCAAGUGGACACUGGAAAAUCUCUGGAUGAGUCUUAUGUACUCACAAUCAAUACCGCAGACCAAUUCAUUGAAAUUAUUGGAAAAUCUAAAACUGGCGUGUUUUAUGGUAUCCAGACGUUGAUUUCUUUGGCAGAUGAAAAAGGUGCAGUACCUAUGGUAACAAUUAAAGAUGCCCCCAGAUUUAAUUAUCGUGGAAUGCAAGUUGAUGUUAGUCGUAAUUUUAUGCAUAAAGAGGGCAUUCUGCGUCUUCUUGAUGCCAUGUCUAUGUAUAAAUUGAACAAAUUCCACUUUCAUUUGAGUGACGAUGAAGGAUGGAGGCUUGAGAUACCUGGACUUCCUGAGCUCACAGAGAUUGGCUCAAGGAUGUGUUAUGACACAGAAGAACUCAAAUGUCUCUCUGUGCAAAUGGGUGCCAAUCCAAUCACUUCCACAAAACCCCACUUCUACACCAUCAAAGAUUACCAAGAAAUUCUCCAGUAUGCUAAUAAACGCCACAUUCAGGUUAUCCCCGAGUUUGAUAUGCCUGCACAUUGUAAUGCAGCUAUAAAGUCCAUGGAAGCAAGAUACCGGACGUACAAGAACAGAGGAAAUCUUGCUGCAGCUGAAGAAUUUCUCUUGACUGAAUUCGACGACACCUCUAAAUACUCUUCCAUUCAAGGRUACAAACACAACACCAUAAAUCCUUGCUUAGAAUCCACAUACAAGUUCAUCACMCACGUUAUCAAAGCUCUUAAYGACAUACAUGAGAAACAUCAGAAGCUCACCGUAUACCAAUUUGGKGGCGACGAAAUUCCUAAUGGUGCUUGGGGAGAUUCACAYGCCUGUUCAAAGCUCAUCAGUAAAGGCGAAUACAAUACUUUGAAAGAUCAAUUGAAAGAGCAUUUUGUUAAACGUGUAGGAGCUAUAGCAGACUCUUUUGGUCUGACAUUCGGUGGUUGGGAUGACUUCUUCUCUGUUAAGGAGAAAAUCUUUCCAAAGAAAGAUGUCAUGGUAUGGUCGUGGAACGAUUUGCCGCAACUUAAUGGAGGGGAGAAGGCAUACCAACUUGCAAACGCAGGAUAUAAGGUUGUGCUAGCCCAUGCAUCUCAUCUCUAUUUCGACCAUCCACAAGAACCUGACCCGGAAGAACGUGGCUUUUUCUGGGCGACACGUUUCACUGACACACGCAAAGUCUUUGAAUACAUUCCUAAUUUCUGCAAGACCGCUGGUCAAUGCAACGACGCAAGCGCUGAAAAUAACAUCUAUGGAAUUACGGGUUGUCUGUGGGGUGAAACGGUGAGAACCGUCGACCAAAUGGAGUAUAUGGUUUUUCCCAGACUUCUAGCGCUGGCAGAGCGAGCUUGGCACAAAGCACCAUGGGAAGAUAUUCAAAACGAUGCGGAAUUGAAGGAAAAAGUGGUUGAAGAAUGGAAACAAUUUUCUAGUUUUAUCGUAAAGCAUGAGCUACGAAGACUGGAAAAKCUUGGCAUCAAAUAUCGUAUACCUCCGCCUGGCAUAAGGUUUGAAGGGAAAUCUAUCAAAGUACGAACCGCUUUACCAGGACUUCCAGUUCAGUUCUCCAAAGAUGGAGGAAAAUCGUGGCACGACGUCACUGAAGACACGCAGAUUGAAGAAAACGUCAUGGUGAGGACGAGUUCAAUAGAUCGUCGGCGCAUGAGCAGAACGAUUGAAGUUCAAGGUCCAAAGUAGUUCCUGUUUGGUCCAAAGAAACCGAUCAAAAUAGUGAAGAAUUUGUGUUAAUUUUUUUCUUUAUCAAUUCAUCUAUUUAUUUACUUAUUUAAGUAUUUAUUGUUAAAUUAAUUAAUAAAGUAAUGUAUUUAUUUGA